AUGGCAAUGGCAAGAAGAAAGUCUUCUCUAGUCUUCAACUUCAUCUUCCUUAAUCUUUUCAGUUGUCUGCUGGUUUCUAGCUCUCAUUCGGACAGUGAUGGUCGGAAGACUUAUAUUGUGUACAUGGGGAGCAAACCAGAAGAUAUCAGCUCUACUUCUUUGUAUCAUAGGACAAUGUUGGAACAAGUUGUUGGUAGCUCCUUCUCCCCGAAACAUUUGCUCUAUAGCUACAAGAGAAGCUUCAAUGGAUUUGCAGUAAGACUCACUAAAGAAGAAGCUCAGAAGAUUGCUCUGGAGGAGGGUGUGGUCUCUGUGUUUCCAAAUGAAAAGAAACAUGUCCAUACAACAAGAUCAUGGGAUUUCAUGGGUUUUACACAAAGUGUUCCUCGGGUAAACCAAGUUGAAAGCAACAUAGUUGUUGGAGUACUAGACACCGGAAUUUGGCCGGAGUCCCCCAGUUUCAAUGACGAAGGUGUCGACCCUCCACCAAAAGAAUGGAAGGGCACAUGCCAGAUCUCACCUGACUUUCAAUGCAACAGAAAAAUCAUUGGAGCUCGAGCAUAUCGUAGCGAGAACCUUCCCAAAGGAGAAGUUGUAAACCCAAGAGAUUCAAAAGGCCAUGGCACACACACAGCGUCCAUAGUGGCCGGCGGUCUCGUGAGAAAGGCAAGUCUAUACGGUCUAGGCUUUGGCACGGCGAGGGGCGGGGUUCCUUCUGCGCGCAUUGCUGUGUAUAAGAUAUGUUGGUCUGAUGGGUGCUACGACGCCGAUAUUCUUGCGGCAUUCGACGAUGCAAUCGCAGACGGUGUCGAUAUCAUAUCUCUUUCAGUUGGAGGGAGUAAACCCAAAUCUUACUUCAAUGAUUCAAUUGCCAUUGGAGCUUUCCACGCCAUGAAACAUGGAAUAUUGACCUCCAAUUCAGCCGGAAACAGAGGUCCCAAUUACUUCACCACCUCAAACGUCUCUCCAUGGUCUCUCUCUGUGGCUGCAAGCACUAUGGAUAGAAAGUUCGUGUCAAAUGUGCAAUUUGGAAAUGGAACUCUCCAUCAGGGAGUUGCAAUCAAUACAUUCGAUCUUCUAGAAAAACAAUAUCCUAUGAUCCAUGGUGGAGAUGCUCCCAACAAAGCCAGAGGUUUCAAUGCCUCCACCUCCAGAUUUUGCGUCGAAAACUCUGUAGACCUCAGCUUGGUGAGGGGAAAAAUCCUUGUUUGCGACUCCCUAUUGAGGGCUGCAACAAUGCCAUCCUUCACAGGCGCAGUGGGGAUUAUAAUGCAAGGCACCCGCGAGAAGGAUUACGCUAGCUCUUAUCCCUUACCUGCUACCUAUCUCCACAUUGCAGCCGCCAAUGACAUUCAACUCUCUUCACCUACAGAAUCGACUGCAACCAUUUUACAGAGUAACGCAGUGAAGGAUGCCUCUGCUCCUUCUGUUGUCUCCUUCUCCUCCAGGGGGCCCAAUCUUGUAACCCUCGACAUCCUCAAGCCAGAUCUGACUGCACCGGGAGUUGAAAUUCUAGCAGCAUGGUCUCCAAUCGCCCCUGUUUCUGGAGUUGUAGGGGAUUCGAGGAGUGUGGUUUAUAACAUAAUCUCAGGAACGUCGAUGUCUUGUCCACAUGCCACAGCAAUGGCUGUGUACGUGAAAACAUUUCAUCCUACGUGGUCUCCUGCGGCCAUAAAAUCAGCUCUCAUGACAACAGCUUUUACCAUGAAUUCCAAACUCAAUACACAAGCAGAGUUUGCAUAUGGUGCUGGCCAUGUCAACCCACUCAAGGCAAUAAAUCCAGGGUUGGUUUACAAUGCAAGUGAAAGCGACUACAUUGAUAUGUUGUGUGGCCAAGGUUACACCACUGCCAUGGUUCGACUUAUUACCCACGACAGCAGUGCUUGUACAUCCACCAACACUGGAAGAGUUUGGGAUCUAAACUAUCCUUCUUUUGCACUUUCCACAACUCCUUCAGAAUCCAUCCAUCAAUUCUUUACUAGAACUCUCACAAACGUUGAACUAAGAGCAUCCAUAUAUACUGCUACGGUUUUUGCCCCACCAAGCUUGAGGAUCACAGUGGAUCCUGCCGUUCUUUCAUUCAAUGGAAUUGGAGAGACCAAAUCUUUCAGGUUAACCGUUCAAGGAACGGUGAGCCAAGCCAUAGUGUCGGCUUCUCUGGUUUGGAGUGAUGGUAUGCAUGAUGUAAGAAGUCCUAUUAUAGUCUAUGUUAUUAACAAACCUUAA